GAUUGGUUAAUUCGUACAGCCACUGACGUUCAACGUUGCACAGCUGAUCCUCAUUUUAAAGCGAACGCGGGAGUAGGAAUUAGGUCAAGUUAAAAGGUGGCUGAUACAGAGGGCAAUUGCGUGCUACUCCAAACAAAGCAGUGUAGUCCACGUCGUGGUGUGUGCUUCUUAACGAUACACUUGUAGAUUAGGGUUACUUUUAAUUAUAUUGCUCUCUCCAGACAACAGCGCCUGACGCAUUUUUGGAGAGGCAUAACGAACAAACAAGAAGCAGUCCGGUGAUUAAUCCUCAACUCGCAAUCAUGUUUGAGACCAGUGAUGACAUGCUCAUGUUUCCCUUUGAGGAGGAGAUGGUAAACAGCCUUUUCUCUGAGGAGACCGUGGGUGGUAAAGUCUUGUCGUUGGCUGAGUCGCUCCUGCCCCUGGUCGAGUCUCCCUCCUCGCCACUGAUCCCCUGGAUGUGCUCCACACGCUACAAGACAGAGCUAUGCAGCCGCUACGCUGAGACUGGCGCCUGCAAGUACGCCCAACGCUGCCAGUUCGCCCAUGGUCUCCAAGACCUCCACGUGCCCUCUCGCCACCCCAAGUACAAGACUGAGCUGUGCCGUACGUACCACACGGCGGGCUACUGCAUCUACGGCACCCGCUGCCUGUUUGUCCACAGCCCAAAGGAGCAACGCCCGGCCCGCCGCAGACGCAGAAACGUCCUCUGCCGCACCUUCGUCUCUUUUGGGGUGUGUCCCUUUGGCACGAGGUGCAACUUCAUCCACGUCGAAGGCCCUGGAAGUGCCACCCCAGAUUCUGACAGUGCAGAGGAGGAGAGAAGCCCCCUGCCUGUCCCCUCCAAGCCCCUGGCACAGCCCCAGUCCCAGGAGUGGAGGCCCCGAGGGGCCCUGUGUCGCACCUUCAACAGCUUUGGUUUUUGCCUCUACGGCACUCGCUGCCGCUUCCAGCACGGCCUUCCCAGUGCCGUCAAAGGAUCUCACCACAGCCAGACUAGCUCCCUUCAGCUGGCUGGGGGAGCCCUGUCUCCAGGCUCCCUGUUCUCAUCCUCCUGCUCCUCACCAACCUCUAACCUGGUAUCCCCCCUGGACCCGGAAGACUCCUCCCCUCUGACCUCCCCAGCAGACCAGCCCAUGGCCCACAACGCCUUCACCUUCUCCUGCCAGCACCUCAACGACCUGCUGCUCCCUCUGGCGCUCCGUCUGCAACAGCUGGAACAGUCAGAGCACAUCUAUAAGGGGGCUGAUGCCCUGUAG